AUAGAAAAAGUGGUUUCCACAUUAGAUAAUUUAUCUGUUGGCUCUAAACUUUGUACCUACUUAUGGGAGUUCCUGAGUAAUAGAAAGCUGAAAAUAAAAAGUGAGACCACAGAUAGGUUUGUCAGAUGGUGUAGUAGGGGCCUGGCUCAGGGUGAUCCUAUAUCCCCAUUAUUAUUCAAUAUAGUCACACAUAGAAUAGCAAAACUAACUAAAAACGUAAUGUUAUCACAAUAUGCAGAUGACUUUGUCAUAUACAAAAAAUCUCACAGUUUAAGCGAGAGUAUUUUUCUGGUCCAGAAUUCACUUAAUGAGACUACAAAGAUGUUUGAACAAUUAGGUUUAGAGAUAUCAGCUAGCAAAACUAAAGUUUGUUUAUUUACUCGUGGACGCAAAGUACAGUCGAUCGAUUUGAAACAUAAUAAUAACCCGAUUCGUACAGUGGACAAAGUUAAAUACCUAGGAUUCUGGUUAGAUAAGGCUUUAUUAUUUAGUUUACAUAUAAAUGAGAUGAGGGUGAACAUUUCUAAGUACUUGAACAAAUUUAAAGUUUUGACAGGACCGUCAUGGGGAGUUCACCCGUCACAUUUGAGAAGGUUAUACAUAGCUUUAAUCAGAAGUAGACUGGACUAUGCAUGUUUCCUUUAUGAUUGUAGUGCUGAGUCACAUGUAAUAAAGUUAGACAGGCUUCAAAAUCAAGCGUUAAGAAUAAUUGGCGGUUUUAUUAAAUCAACGCCAAUUCACGUGAUGGAAAGUGAGCUUUGUCUACUACCCCUAUAUUUACGCAGAUCCUUUUUAGCUUAUAAAUAUUGUUUAAAGUGUCUAACAUGGACAAAGAACAAUACUGUAGAACUUUUAAUGUUGCUAGACGUUUCAUCUCAGAAUCGGUACUGGAGGAAAAAGAAAACUCCACUUCUAAUGACUGUCUACCAUGAUAUUAAAGAUGAAAGGAUAUCUAUGUCGAAUCCUCUUAAGAUGUUUUGUUUAGAAACCUGGGUCUCAAAUAUAGAUGUCAAAGAUGCAAUUAUCACAGAUUUAGGUGUAGCUAAGCAUCCGAAAAAUACAUACUACCCUUGUGAUCUUAGGAAUAUCGUCUCAUGUGAAUUAAGUGAAAAAUACAAGGAUUGGCACACAAUCUAUACAGAUGGGUCCAAAAGCGAAAGUAAUUUAGGAGCUGCGUACCAUGACCCGAUAUGUAAUGUAAACAUCUCUUAUAAAAUAACGUCAGAAAUAUGUAUUAUGUCGGCUGAACUAUUUGCCAUCUCAGAAGCCAUAUCAUAUGCAGUUAGUUCAAAACUAACAAAAGUUGUAAUAUUGACAGAUAGCAAAAGUGCCUUGCAGCAUGUAGCUCGCUGCACCUCUGGCACCAGAGGCACAGCGCUAGCGUACACAGUGCUACAGAAAUUAAGAAGAAUACCUGCCGAUAUGGUGCUGAGAUUGCAGUGGAUUCCCUCACAUAUAGGAUUAAGAGGUAAUGACGAGGUUGACAAGUUAGCCAAAGCUGCCUGCACGAGAGGGGCGGAGGUAUAUGUUACUCCAGAGUUUACAGAAAAACUACAUAUAUACAGUAGAAAAACACGAUGUACCUGGAAGGAACAUUUUGACGAACGUUGCAAGGAGAAAGGUGUGUGGUACAAAAGUAUGCAAUGUGAACCUCCUCAUAUACCUUGGUUCACAAAAGCAGAUUUAAGUAGGAAAUUAAUUAAGAUAGCUUUAAGGUUACGUUCUGGACACAUUCCGCUUAACAAGUUUGCUUACUUGAUGAAAAAAGAACCAUCGCCAAACUGUGAGGCCUGCAAUAAAAUAGAAGACGUUCAGCAUGUUUUGACGGAAUGUGUACGGAAUGAAGGCGAAAGAUUAGCUCUGUUUCGCUUACUCAGUCUGAAUAGGUUGGAUAUGGAAUGCAUCGCUGAAGGCAGCAAGAUGUCGGGCGUUUUCCCACGGCGCACUGCGCUUAUGAGACUAGAUAAUGGAGCAGAUAUAAAAGAACUCACGGAAACCACACAGGAGCUCCCGUACUAA